AUGAAACUUGCAGAGGCGUUAAGGAUAAGAAAAGAUUAUUUAUCUAGAUUGAGACAGUUAGAAUCUCGUAUAAAUGACAAUUGCUCGGUUCAAGAAGGUGAUGAACCAGCAGAAAACCCAAAUGAGUUAAUUGAACAAUACAUGAGUCUAUCCUCUGAGUUAUCUAACCUAAUAUGUAAUAUUAAUUUGUCAAACACACAAAUCAAGUUUCUUUUCGGGAACCAUGAAGAGCCAAAAUCUAUGACUCAAGCGUUAGCAGAAAGGGAUCAAUAUAUAAGAAAUAUCGAAGUAAUAAGAAACACUACCAAGAAGGGUGUGAUUAAAAGAGACAUGUACUCAAGAAGUGAAAUUAAAUUUGUAUCAACUGUUAAAGUAAAGGAUUAUCAGCAUUUGCUUGAUAAGCUAGCACAGCAAUUGAGAAUAUUGGAUACCAAGAUACAAGAACAGAAUUGGUUAUCUGACUUAAUAACUGAAGUGACUUGA